AGACAAUACAAUACAAUACAAUACUGUUAUCAGGUUGAAGCUCCGCAAGCUACUGUAACUCCAGCGAUGGGUGUAGUCUGAUGAGAACAAAGAAAUGGAUAUGGAAACAUUGUUGACACCAGAACCUCCACCCCACCACCAACUUCUUUACCGCAAUGCAACAAGUGCCUACAAAAAUGGAUGCUUAUGUUCUGAAGGGCAGUGUUCUCAUUGCCCACGUUUUGGAAGUGAUGAAGGUUGUCAAAACAUAUUUCUCUUGCAACUCUCUACUGGGCUAAAUGAGGUAGACGAGAGACAAUUUCAAGACAAUGUCAUUGCAACAGAAUUUAAAUGUGGUGCAGAUAAAUGUGGAUAUCUGAUUAUUUUUGGAUUGGCUUCAUUUUACAAAGAGAAACUAGAAGCAAAGGCUUGUGGCAGUGAUAUUUCAUUUGUAGUCUUCUUUGAUAACAGUUUAAAUAAUGUUCUGCAUAAAAGUUAAAUGGAUUUCAUUGUCUGGUUCUGGGAUAGUGAUUUACAUGGGUCAGUUUGGGAGAACUGAGUCUUUUGGUACUUUAAGAGUCUGGAGCCUUACAUCACACUUCAAAGAAGAAAUCUCAAUAUUGGCCAAUUGACAGACUCCUGCAAAUCAGAAUGGAUGGGCAAUGUACCAUAUUUAGAUUUCUCAAAGACGUGAAAGAAAAUAGAAAGAAAAUGAGCAAUCCAUAACUUAUUGAUAUUGGAUCUUGCGGAGAACAUGGUCCACGGGGCACUUAAACUGGAGAGCAAAGCCGAGAGCCUUACAUCACACUUCAAAGAAGAUAUUUCAAAAUUAGCAAUCUGACAGCCUCCAGAAAAGCAGAAUGGAUGGAGCAUAUGUCAUUUUUAGAUUUCUAAACCACAUGAAAGAAGAUAUAAAGAAAAUGAGCCAUCUACAACUUAUUGAUAUUGGAUCCUGCGGAGCACAGGAUGCAGGGUGCCCUUAAAACUGGAGCAAACCUGGGAGCCGUUCAUCAUACUUUAAAGAAGAAAUUUCAAUAUUGGCCAAUUGACCGACUCCUGCAAAUCAGAAUGGAUGGGCCAUGUGUCAUAUUUAG